ACAAAGGAUCUCUUCUUACUCAAGGCCUAUAAAUGGAUGGAACUGUUUUUGCCCCUGCCUUGGAAGGGAUUCAGCAUGUCAAAUCUGAAGCAGGGGAGAUUUUGACCAAGCCUUUCUUGGAAGUGUGCAAACAUAUUUUGCCUGUUAUAGAUAAGUUUGGAGCUUCUAUGGCACUUGUUAAAACUGACAUUGGAGGCAACAUCUCGAGAUUGGACGCCAAGUAUUGUUCCAACCCACCUGCAUUCAAGUACUUGUAUCACUUGGUGAAGCCUGAGAUUGAAACUAAUACUGCAAAAGGAUCAUCCAGUUGCACAAAUGGUCUUCUUUGGUUGACAAGAGCAUUGGAUUUCUUGGUACAACUGUUUCGCAACUUACUGGAGCAUCAGGAUUGGACAAUGACCCGUGCUUGUACAGAAGCAUAUGGCAGAACCUUGAAAAAGUGGCAUGGCUGGCUGGCCAGUUCAAGUUUCACUGUCGCCAUGAAGCUUGCUCCCGAUCGUAAGAAGUUUAUGGAUGUUCUAUCAGGCAAUGGCAAUGUUGAAGCUGACAUUGAGAAAUUUUGUACAAAAUUUUCACCUCUCCUCGCAGAGAAUCACAAAUUUCUGGCUAGCUUUGGCUUGGACGAUCUUAAGGCGUCUUAAGGCGUCGUGAGAGGCUGGUCGUUCCUGAAAAUCGAGUUGUCGUCUCCUUGUCUCCUUUAUAUUGUGUUACUUCCUCUAUGCACUUAUAUUAUAGCUUAUUUAAAAUCCUUUUAACAUCCUUAAAAUUCAGACAUAAUCGUUAGACUUCAAUUGUGUUUUGAUUUGGUA